CACAACCGGCCUGCCUCGGCUCUACAGGGGAGGUAAGCGCGGCUUUCGCUGGAGCUCCUGCUUUCCUCUGGCACUCAACCCGCUUCGGAUAUUAACCAAAAGCCUUUUAAAACAUUUUUUAAAUAUUUUGGGAUGCAACUUUUACACUUCAAUACCCCCGUAUGUGGAUUUAUCCCCUUUUAGCGGUUUUUGUUGGCUCAAAGACGCAGUUAGCAGAUGCUGGCUAAACGUAACUAGCAUGCUAACAACACAGCCGAUGAGGACGGGAACAUCCUCGCGCUGCCGCACUCGGGUUAAUCUGUGCUCACUCGCUGCGUGUAAGCCGUGUCGUGAUCGCUGCGUGACUGUGGACUUAUUAUUUUUUUGUGUCCACUCAUGACUUAAAGGGAGGUUUUGGCGCCGCGAGGCUGUCGGCAUUAUGAUUUUUUGUUAGCUUCGGGUUAAAAGAACAAGCUAGCGUCCUCGUCUGAAGAAGCGAGCGCCCGAAAGUGAGGAAACAGUUGAGUCGAGUGGGAGUUCUCGGCUCUGCCGGUGCCUCGCAGCCGGAUGACACGACAGUCCUGACGGUCACAUUGGAGAGGGACUCCGAGCAUCACCCGCCUGUGGAAGGGAUUAUUAUUUUUUAAGUGGAUUUUGGCCUCGAGUUAGCCCCCCGUCUUCUCCCAGCGACCUCCCCGCUGCGUCACCCUCCGAUGUGGGGAUCCCAGGCGACCUGAUCCCCCCUUUCUCGGCCGGACAUGCUGAAGUGUAUCCCCCUGUGGCGCUGCAACCGCCACGUCGAGUCGAUUGACAAGCGGCAUUGCAACCUGCAGACCGUCCCUGAUGAAAUCUUCCGCUACAGCCGGAGUUUGGAGGAGCUCCUGCUCGAUUUCAACCAACUCAAAGAUCUACCAAAGCCUUUCUUCAGACUACUGAACCUCCGCAGACUUGGCCUGAGCGACAACCUGCUCCAGAAACUCCCUCCCGAUGUGUCCAACUUCAUGCAACUGGUGGAACUGGACCUCUCCAAAAAUGAAAUCUGUGAGAUCCCAGAGAGCAUCAAGUUUUGCCGGGCCCUGGAGAUCGCAGACUUCAGCGGGAACCGUCUGCCCAGACUGCCGGACGGUUUCACUCAGCUGCGAGCUCUGGCUCACUUGACGCUCAACGAUGUGUCUUUGCAGACGUUACCCAGCGACAUUGGGAAUCUGGCCAACCUGGUGACGCUGGAGCUCAGGGAGAACCUCCUGAAAUCUCUGCCCACGUCGCUCUCUUUUCUUGUAAAACUGGAACAGCUGGACCUCGGCAACAAUGAACUGGAAGUUUUGCCCGACACCCUCGGUGCUCUCCCCAACCUGCGGGAGCUGUGGUUAGAUCGUAACCAGUUGUCCUCCUUACCCCCAGAGCUGGGAAACCUUCGGCGGCUGGUGUGUCUGGAUGUGUCGGAGAACCGCCUGGAGGAACUUCCCUCAGAGGUCAGCGGCCUCCUGGCUCUGACCGACCUGCUGCUCACUCAGAACAUGCUGGAAGUCGUCCCUGACAGCAUAGGUUCUCUGAAACAGCUUUCCAUCCUCAAAGUGGACCAGAACAGGCUGACCCACCUAACCGACUCGGUUGGAGAGUGUGAAAACCUCACAGAACUCGUUCUGACAGAGAACCUUUUACAGUCUCUUCCGAGCUCCCUGGGAAAGCUGAAGAAGCUGACCAAUCUGAAUGUAGACCGGAACCGGCUGGGCAACGUGCCUAAAGAGCUGGGCGGCUGCACCAGCCUCAACGUCCUCUCUCUGAGGGACAACCGCCUGGACAGACUGCCUGCUGAGCUGGCAGACGCCACUGAGCUGCACGUGCUGGACGUGGCUGGAAACAGGUUACAAAAUUUGCCUUUCGCCUUGACAAACCUCAACCUGAAGGCCAUGUGGCUGGCAGAGAACCAGUCGCAGCCCAUGCUCAAGUUCCAGACGGAGGACGACGAGCGGACCGGAGAGAAGGUGCUGACCUGCUACUUACUGCCCCAGCAGCCUUCACCCAGCCUCGAAAACCUGCUGCAGAACAGCGUGGACGACAGCUGGACAGACAGCAACCUGAACCGAGUGUCCGUCAUUCAGUUCCAGGAGGAGACCAAGGCAGAGGAAGAGGAGGAGGACGAGGAGGCUGCAGCGGAGCGCCGAGGCCUCCAGCGCAGAGCGACGCCGCACCCGAGCGAGCUGAAGGUGAUGAAGAAGGGCAUGGAGGACCGGAGGAACGACGCCUACACGCCUAGAACCGAUGAAGAGGAAUCGCUCGACCCUCAGGAGAAACGCCUCAGUGACCUUUCCAAUCAGAGCCACGACUCCCACAGCACGCUGUCGGCCACCUCCCACGAGGACCGGCACGCCGCGCCGCAGAGGGAGGAUCUGGUGGACGGACACGCUCAGGAGGAGGAGGAGCUGGAUGAGAUGGAGGUGGAGUACAUCGAGCCGACCGUGCACUUUGCAGAGGAGCCCAUCAUCCGGGGUGGGGAGGAGGAGGACGACGACGAAGGAGAGAACGGCGAGAGGAGCGACGAGGAAGACGAGCGGCCGGUUUACGCCGCAGAGAAGCAGCGGCUCAUCCGGAAGGACACGCCGCACUACAAGAAGCACUUCAAAAUCACCAAGCUGCCCAAACCCGAGGCUGUGGCGGCGCUGCUGCAGGGCUUCAGCCCCGACGGCCUCAACGCCCCGCCGCCGCCGGCUCGGGAGGACGAAGAGGACGAGGAUGACGAGGAGGAGGAGGAGGAAAGCUUCAGCACUCCUCAGCGCAGAGUGGAGGACGUGGAGGACAGCCGGCAUCACAUCAACUCCAGUCAAGUGAAGGGGGUGUCAUUUGAUCAAGUCAAUAAUCUGCUGAUUGAACCUGCUCGAAUUGAGGAGGAAGAGCACACUCUGACCAUCGUGCGACAAACGGGCGGCCUCGGCAUCAGCAUCGCCGGGGGGAAAGGAUCUACGCCGUACAAAGGAGAUGACGAGGGAAUCUUCAUCUCCAGAGUGUCUGAGGAGGGUCCUGCGGCGAGGGCGGGGGUGAAAGUGGGAGACAAACUCCUGGAGGUAAACGGUGUCGACCUGCAUGAAGCGGAGCACCACACUGCGGUGGAGGCCCUGCGCAGCUCCGGCGCCGCCGUCUCCAUGACAGUGCUGCGGGAGCGCAUGGUGGAACCGGAGAACGCCAUCACCACCACGCCGCUGAGGCCCGAGGACGACUACUUCCCACGGGAGAGACGGAGCAGCGGGCUGGGCUUCGGCGCGGACGCCAGCCCCCCCGGGCCGCGGCAGCGCUUCUCCACCUGCCUGAUCCGCAACGACAAGGGUCUGGGGUUCAGCAUCGCCGGGGGGAAAGGCUCCACGCCGUACCGCACGGGAGACACGGGAAUCUACAUCUCCAGAAUAGCUGAAGGUGGAGCGGCACACAGAGACAGCACACUGCGAGUGGGCGACAGAGUGAUCUCUAUCAAUGGUGUAGACAUGACAGAGGCCAGGCAUGACCAGGCAGUAGCUCUGCUUACCGGCACCUCCCCCACCAUUACACUACUGGUGGAGCGAGACCUGAAUGCACCAGCGGGCUCUCCAGGUCAGAACCGGGCGCGCUCCCACUCCCCGCCGCCUCCAGAGCCGUCGGAUUCUCCAGACCAGGAGGAAGACGGCUUCCAGGGGAACCAUUUGGGCCGGCUGGAGGACGAGUACCCCAUCGAGGAAGUCACCCUGGUGAAGUCAGGAGGUCCUCUGGGCCUGAGCAUCGUCGGCGGCAGCGACCACGCCAGCCAUCCUUUCGGCAUAAACGAGCCUGGAGUCUUCAUCUCGAAGGUGAUUCCUCACGGUCUGGCAAGUGAAAGCGGCCUGCGCGUCGGUGACCGCAUACUGGAGGUGAACUCCACCGACCUGCGGCACGCCACGCACCAGGAGGCGGUGCGCGCCCUGCUGGCCAACAAGCAGGAGAUCCGGAUGCUGGUGCGGAGGGACCCGUCACCCCCUGGGAUGCAGGAAGUCUUCAUCCAGAAGCAGCCCGGAGAGAAGCUCGGCAUCAGCAUCCGGGGCGGAGCCAAGGGGCACGCCGGAAACCCCUUCGAUCCCACAGACGAGGGCAUCUUCAUUUCCAAGGUCAGCUCGACAGGAGCUGCAGCGAGAGAUGGACGGCUGCAGGUUGGGAUGCGGAUUCUGGAGGUGAACAACCACAGCCUCCUGGGGAUGACCCACACGGAGGCGGUGCGGGUCCUGCGGGCGGUCGGAGACUCUUUGGUGGUGCUGGUGUGUGACGGCUUUGACCCACGCAAGGUGGCCGCUGUGGAGGCGUCUCCUGGGAUCAUCGCUAACCCGUUUGCGACAGGAAUCGUACGCAAGAACAGCAUCGAGAGCAUCUCCUCCAUCGACCGGGAGCUCAGCCCAGAGGAGAUGGACAUCUUACAGAAGGAAUCGGAGAUGGUGAGAGAGACGUCACAGUGGGAGCGAGAAGAGAUGGAGAAAGUGGAGCGAAUGCGCUUGGAGCGUGAGGAGGCAACACGCCUGCUCGAGGAGGAGACGGAGAACAUCGGCGGCGGACCUUUAAAGCUCGACUACAAAACGCUGGCCGCUCUGCCCACCACCAGCCUCCAGAAAGUCAACAGGGCGCCCUCCUCCGAUUACACCCGAACUGACAGCCCCAUCAGGGAGGCGCCGUACUCGCCCAGCUUCCAGCCGCCCAGCCACCACUCCUCCAGCAGCUCCCUGUGUGCAGGCAGGGAGACCCGCUUUGCAAACAUUCAUUUCUCUCCGAACGCCAAGGACAGCCCCCCAUCAUCAACGCGACCCGGUGCCAUCCAGCCGGUGGGGCGCGUGCGGCCCGGCGCCUCCCCCUCCACGCCAGACGGACACAGCCAGAACCCCUUCCAGCAUGACCCCUCCCCCUUCAACUCCCAGACCUCUCCUCGCGCCCCCUCCCCCACUUCGCCCGAUGAGUUUCCAAUGAAUGUCAAGCAGGCAUACAAGGCGUUUGCCGCCGUGCCGCGCUCGCUGGCAGUGCUGGAGCCGCCGCAGGACCCGUACGGCGUGAGGAACAAUCUCCACCCGAAGCAGCCUUCUCCAGAGUAAGGUGGAGCCGGUGUCCCCGCCGCCUCAGCACGGCUCCACGGCAGCGAACUACAGCUUCACCCCGCCGAGCCACCACGGCGGCGGCUCAGGGUUCUCCUCGUUUGACAGUAAAGGAGACUCGGAGAGGAACUCGCUGGUGGACAGCUUCCAGAGGCCCAACUCUAUGACCGGUCUGAUCCCAGUUUACCCCGGAGAGUCAUCGGCUCCCGUCCGCACGGCCAAGGCGGAGCGGCGGCAGCACGAGAGGCUCCGCAUGCAGAGCCCGGAGCUGGCCGUGGCCCCCGACAAGGACCUGUCCCCCGCAGAGAAACGCGCUCUGGAGGCUGAGAAGAGGGCCAUGUGGCGGGCGGCACGGCCCCUAGAGGAGGAUGUUAGACAGUAUGAGCAGGACCUGGCAAAGCGGCUCUAUCAGGCCCGAGUGAGAGCCGCCCAGGGCACCGCCCCCCAGCCCCCCACUUCCUCCUCUGCAGCUCCUCCCCAGCUCAGAAUGAAGUCUUUGGAGCAGGACGCUUUGAAGGCUCAGAUGGUCAUCGCCAAGUCCAGGGACAGUAAGAAGCGGGGGGCGCUGGACCAGCUGACAGAGUCCCCCUCCCCCGCCCCGACACCCUCCCCCACGCCUAUGGAAGAACUCAAUCCUCGAGGGUUAACCUCACCGGGCCGACUGUCCGCGCCAUCAAAGAAGUUUGACUACUCCCCCGAAAUGAGCGAAAACAUUCAGUACAUCGACAGCUCCGGCGGUCCAGGGAACAACGCAAACCCAGAAGUCGAGGCCCCUCCCCCACUGCCCGCCACCUCAGCCCUGGAGGAGAUGGCGCUGUACAGCAACAAACGCAAACUGAGGCAGGGCCGCCGCAGCCUGGAGACGGCCGUCCCCACAUAGCGCCGGCCGAGCCGCUCCUCACUCUUCUACGUAAAACCACUGCACAGAUGCCGGCGCUCGGGCGCGUCACGCCUUUGCCGCUCACGGAGGCGCCGUGGCUCAACAGCCCCCGACGGGCAGGGAGGAGCUAGUAGUGUUAGCUAGGACUGCUACUGGAGUUUCUUUGGUUUGCCUGAUAGUCUGAUCGUUUCUAAUUUGGGUGAUCGCAUUUUUUAGUGGAUUUUACUUUUUCAUCGGUGAGCUUUUUUUUCUUUUUUAAACAACCUAAAUACUGGAAAAGAAAUGGGUCUUAGCUGUACUAACUUUGAUUGGAAUAAUCCAUUUAGACGGGGGUGUAUAUUUGAUUGAUACCUGAAGAGGGAACAGCUUCAUGGUCACAAAGUGUGGAGAGCUUUUAUUUUUUAAAGACAUAUCAUGUUUGCACUGCCACUGAUCAGCAUUUUGAAAACCUUUUUUUGUCUAAUUUAUUGUUUUUACAAUGAAAAGCCUUUUAUUUUGAAAGUUUUAACCCGUUUUAAGGCAUAUCGUAAUGAAGUCUAUCAUUGAAAGGAUCAGUAUUUCUCGUCAUUGAUCACAUUCCCCCGGAGAGAGCAGGACGCCUCCAAACGAUUCUGUUAGGGAGACUUUUAUUGUUUCGGUUUAUGGUACUUCCACCGGCCUCGAGGGUUUUUUUUAUUCUAAUCAAUGUGAAUCAGCUGUUUGAGGCACGCCACAUUGAUGUGAAGGUAGCGGGCGUUUUUGUUUUUGGUUAAUUUAAAUCCGAUGCCACUGAAAAAUAAUUGUUUUUUUUGUGAAUAAUGUACAAAUACUGAAAGGAAAUAAAAUUGAGUUUGAAACUGAGCCAGCGUCUCUGGGAGAACUCAUCAGGAAUGGCUCGCGUUAGGCUCCGCCCCCCAUCAGGGCGGGGCAACACCUGCAGGAUUAUAGCGUUUUAAUUUAACGUAGGUUUUCUUAUCUUAGCUUUUAAUGUCGCUCUCACUGACUGAAAUUCAGUUUCACCUUUUGUUUUUUACUCUGAGUAGUCUCCAGGUUGGUUUCACUACAUCCUCGAUGCUGUUUCCAGUUCUUUUUUAUUUUAUUUCUCUUUCAAACUGAGAGGUUCAGAGUUUUAGGGUCAGAGGUUAUAGCUCACUUAAGACUGUAACUAGUGAAUUUGUACAACCAAAGAAGUCUAUUUUGUGGUUCAGGAAUAAUAAAUAUUACUUUUCAUUUAAGAAGCAGAA